UCCUCCUAGCUUCGGGGACAUGACCCCAGCACCUGCUCUCUAGGGCUCCCAUAGUUCGUGACUCAUUUGCCCACCCCGGUGGAGCUAGAGCCCCUUCCUCCCCCACCUCUGGGUCACUGAAGUGAGCCCGAAUCUCCAUCCCUGAUGGCCCAGGACUGUCUGUCGCCUUGAAGAUUGGACUUGGUGCCAUGGAGGGACGGACCCCGGGAGACAGGGGCCUUUCGGAAAAGCCGGUCCCCACGGCCGCCCGCCCCAGCCUGUCCUCACUGGGUGCUGUGUUCAUUCUCCUGAAGUCCGCGCUGGGCGCCGGCCUGCUCAGCUUCCCGUGGGCCUUCCACAAGGCGGGUGGGGUGGCCCCCGCUUUCCUAGUGGAGCUGGUCUCCUUGGUCUUCCUGAUCAGUGGGCUGGUCAUCCUGGGCUACGCCGCCUCCGUCAGUGGCCAGGCCACCUACCAGGGCGUGGUCGGAGGGCUGUGUGGCCCCACCAUCAGGAAGCUGUGUGAGGCCUGCUUCAUCAUCAACCUGCUCAUGAUCUCCGUGGCCUUUCUCAGGGUGAUCGGGGACCAGCUGGAGAAGUUGUGCGACUUCCUCCUGCCCGGCGCCCCGCCAGCCCCGCAGCCCUGGUACGCCGACCAGCACUUCACCCUGACGCUGCUCUCCAUGCUGGUCAUCCUGCCCCUGUCCGCCCCACGUGAGAUCGGGUUCCAGAAAUACACAAGCGUCCUAGGCACCCUGGCCGCCUGCUACCUGGCCCUGGUCAUCGUGGCACAGUACUACCUCGGGCCCCAAGACCUCGCUCGUGAGCCCCGCCCGGCGUCGAGUCCUUCCUCCUGGACCUCCGUAUUUAGUGUCUUUCCCACCAUCUGCUUCGGAUUUCAGUGUCACGAAGCUGCCGUGUCCAUCUACUGCAGCGUGCGCCCCCAGAGCCUCGGGCACUGGGCCCUCGUCUCCGUGCUGUCCUUGCUGGCCUGCUGCCUUGUCUACUCGCUGACAGGCGUGUACGGCUUCCUGACCUUCGGGACAGACGUUUCUGCUGACAUCCUGAUGUCCUACCCAGGCAACGAUGGGGUCAUCAUCGUUGCCCGGGUCCUCUUCGCUGUGUCUAUCGUGACGGUCUACCCCAUCGUGCUCUUCCUGGGGAGGUCGGUGAUGCAGGAUUUCUGGAGGAGGGGCUGCUGCUGGGCGUGUGGGCCCCAGGCCCUGGCCGAGCCCUCGGGGCCCUGGGUCCGGAUGUCACUGACCGUCCUGUGGGUCACCGUGACGCUCGCCAUGGCGCUGUUCCUGCCCGACCUCGGCGAGAUCAUCGGCAUCAUCGGCGGCGUCAGCUCCUUCUUCAUCUUCAUCUUCCCAGGUCUGUGCCUCAUUUGCGCCAUCAGCGUGGAGCCCGUAGGACCCCGAGUUAAGUGCUUCCUGGAGGCCUGGGGGGUGGUCUCCGUGCUCGUCGGCACCUUCAUCUUCGGGCAGAGCACGGUGGCGGCUGUCAUGGAGCUGCUCUGAGGGGCGGCCCGCGCCCGAGCAGGAUGGGGGUCUCCACGGCUGCCCUGGUCCGGCUGCCUGCAUCCAGCCGUGAGACCGAUGUUAUUUCAUCAUAAAGGUGCUGGAGAAACUGAUACGUUCUGCCUUCCCAGGCUGCUCAUUUGGGCUUCUACUGGUUCCCAGGGUUUCUGGUGCAGUGGUGAGGAGUUUCUUAGUGUCCUGGGCCCGCCCUGCAAAUGACCACAGACUGGGGGCUUCUAGCAACAGCAGUGCAUUCUCUCAGUCUGGAGGCUGCAAGUCGGAGAUCAAGGUGUGGGCUGGGCUGGCCCCCUCCCUCUGCAGGCUCUAGCGGGGGGUCCCUCCUGCCUCUUCCAGCUUCUGCUGGUUGCUGGCCGUCCUUGGUGCUCCUCGGCUCGUGGCUGCGUGCCUCAAUUUCUGCCGCCUCCCGCACGUGGCCGUCUUCCCUAUGUAUCUGUCUAAAUUUCCCUCUUUUAGGGCUCACCCUAAUUCAGAAUGACUUCAUCUUAAUUACUUAAUUGGGAUCUGCAAAUAUCCUAUUUCCAAGUAAGGUCACAUUCACAGUUUGCAGAGGUUAGGGCUUAAACUGUGUCCCCCAGAAAAAUAAGUUAAACCCAUAACUGGGAGGCAGGUGCUGAGGCCCAGAGAGCCCUGCUUUCGGGUGCUGGGAUCAAAGACACGAGGCAAGGGCAUUGCUCGGUGGGUGAGAGCCCAGAGGGCAUUUGGGGCGGCAUCCCUUGGGGGUGGCGGUGCCACGGCACGGGGGAGUGCCCAAGGAGAUGCGUGCCCCGAGCUGGCCACACAGCCUGUGCUUGGCCUCGCUCCAGUGUGGGGGGGACCCGAGGAGAGCCCCCCACCCCUUCCACUGGCUGGAGCUGAAGAGCCCGGAGGCCAAGUGCGCUGUCUGCUCCAUGGUUCCCUCCCGGCCCCGGGGCGAGGAACCACGCCUGCGGCUGCCUGCGGCUGAGGGGAGAGAUCUGCCCACGGCCGGGGAGGAGACGAGCACGGGGCCAGGGGCUCCCGCGUCGCUGUUCCCGGCACUGACCCUGCCCGGGGCCCGGCAACCCCUGGAUGGAGGUUGCUGGGUUCAGGCGGCUCUUCCUCUGCCCUGGGACACCUGCCAGGAGCCAGCAGUGCCAGAGCCUGCACGGGCUGACGUCCUUUAGACGCCUCCCUCCAGGUAGGCAGCAGCUGGGCCUUGUUGUCUCGCGUCACGUGUGUGUGAGGCUGGUGGUGAGAGAACCGUGUUAGAGUCUGGUUUUUUCCGGUUUAUCCAAUUGUAUUAAAUUGUUUUUUUGAGAUGUAAUUCACAUACCACGUAGUCCACCCUUUUAAAGUGUACAAUUCGGUGAGCAUUAGAUGUACAGAGUGGUGCAGCCAUCACCAAUAUCCAAUUCCCGUACAUGUUUAUCACCCCCAAAGGAACCCGGGACCCGUUAGCCUUGACUCCCCAUUCCUCCCUCUCUCCAGUUCCCCGUAACCAUGGAUCCGCUUUCUGUCUCCAGGGAUUUGCCCGUUCUGGACAUUCCACAUGAAUGGACGCAUACAAUACGUGGCCUUUUGUGUCUGGUUCCUUUGACUUAGCGUAAUGUUUUCAAACUCGCCCAUUUUCCAGGUGAGGCAACUGAGGCUUGGGAAACUCAAGGCCGCCUGUCCCGUGAGGUGCAGAGUUGGGUUGGGACUGAUUUUGGGUUAAAUUCCAUCGUCCAUUUUCUUUCCACUCCUAGGAGUGGCCAAGGGGGGUGGGAACUAGUUGACCCAGGGGGCGGGGAUGGGGCCCCUGCCCCCCAGUGCCCUGGCUGUUGGCAGACUCUGACCCAGUGAGGGGGACACAGGACCCUUCUCCAAGUGCUCUCUGACCAGCCCCACCACGACCUGCCACACCCUGCAGUAGCCACGGCGUCCUCCUGGGCGAGGGCCUCAGAACCGGCACAUGUGCUGGGAGAAUGGACUUCCUGGAGCAUUUGUCACCCCAGAGCUGGCAGUGGGUUUGGAUGGUCAGAGACGUAUCAUCUACACCCUGUGUGCUUGGCGCUGUGCUGCUGCCCAGGAAGGCUGGGCAGUGAUAGGACCCUUCAUGGAGGGUCCUAGGUAAGAACAAAGCAUGGCGGGUAAGGGUCGUGCCAAAAAGAGAGGCAGUGUAUGGAGUGGCUUUGGAGUGGGAUUACUGGUUGUGAAUACUGUCUGCCAUUUGCUUUCUCAAGAUGUGGAAAGUUCAUGAACCUCCUCUAAGAAUCAAUUUCCCCACCAGCAAGACAGAGCAGCCUUAUUGCGAAUGAGGCAAUGUGGGCUUACCGUGCGAGAAGUGAAGGUGAUCAUGUACCUACAGCAGCUGGUGGGGGACCUAAGCAAUGGUAGUUUUCUUUCCAGAAAAGCUAGGUUGGGAGUAUUAGGAGGUGAACACUGAGCUUCCUGGCAGCUGAGGGAAAAAGGGAAAUACGAGAACCAUAGGGCUUACGCCAAAGCCGGAAGCACAUCAGGGAGGUGGUGGCCUGGCACUGAUGCUAAGAGAUGAGGGUGGGGCUCUUGCAGGGGUGACAGGUAUCACCCCUGGAUACGAUCGUUUCCAUCUCUCUGACAGGUAGACGGGAUUCUCAGAGGACUGAGGCUCAGAUCAGCCAUGAUCACGCAAGGAUGUGAUGCAAAGAAAGGCAGUCUGGGAUGCCGCCCUC